CUUACAGUGCUCCUCUUCUCCUAAAGUCACCCGGUUGUCCUGGUUUAGUUGAGACAUUGAACACAUCAUGUGUCUGAGGAGCUGCUGCAGCGUCUGGAUCCUGCUGACAGGCAUCGCUGCUGCUGCAGUGUUUGUGGAGAAGCACGAGGCCAACACGGUGCUGCAAAGAUGGCGGCGGGCGAACAGCGGCUUCCUGGAGGAGCUGCAAAGUGGAAACCUGGAGAGAGAGUGCGUCGAGGAGGUGUGCGACUACGAGGAGGCGCGGGAAGUUUUCGAGGAUGAUGACAAGACGAAAAAGUUCUGGCUGACGUACGAAAGUCGUGACCCCUGCCUGGAGAACCCGUGUCUUAACCAUGGCUCAUGUGUCUACAUGGGGACAACCUACCAGUGUUUCUGUCCCGACGGGUUCGGAGGGCAGUACUGCGAGAAAGCCGUGGAGGACUUACUGAAGUGUGUUUAUCAGAAUGGCGGCUGUAAGCAUUUCUGCGACGGUUCAGGAGAACGCCACAAAUGUUUCUGUGCAGACGGAUACCAGCUGGGAGCAGACGGGCGCCAGUGUGUCGCUCAGGACGAGUUUCCAUGUGGUCGUGUGGCUCCACAGGAACCAGACCUGAACCAGGGGGUGCAGGAUCUGACCCGGCAGGUGGGGACAGACCACUGUCCCAGAGGAGAGUGUCCCUGGCAGGUUCUGGUUCAGUUAAACGGAAACAGUCACUGCGGAGGAGUUCUGAUCAAUCGGGAUUGGGUCAUAACCGCUGCCCACUGUAUCCAUGGCAACAACCCCCAAAACCUCACUGUGGUGGCAGGGGAACACAACUUGGACGUAGAGGAGGGCACAGAACAGAGUAUACCUGUUUCCAUGGCGAUCGCCCAUGAAGGCUACAUCCAUGCGACGGCCGACAGCGACAUCGCUUUACUGCGCCUGAGUCGACCCGCCACCUUGAACCGCCAUGUUGUCCCCGUCUGCCUGCCGACUAAAACCCUGGCACAGCGCGAGCUCCAGCCGACCCGUUACCACAAAGUGUCGGGGUGGGGCCUGAGGAUCACCGGGGGCAACGGGGAGAAAGAUUCGGUCAACACCGCCGCGGUCUCCCCCAUCCUCCGUAAAUUUACCGUCCCCAUGAUCCCGAUCUCCCAGUGCUCCCCCGGCUCCGCCCAGUUCAACUUCAGCAACAACUUGCUGUGCGCGGGGUACAUGGAGAUUGACCACCUGAGUUGCCAUGGAGACGACGGCAGCCCAUUGGUCACGCCCUACAGCUCCACCCACUUCCUGACAGGUGUGGUGGCCUGGGGGCGGGGCUGUUCCCCAAAGGGGAUUUAUGGGGUUUACACCAACAUGGCCAACUAUGUGGACUGGGUGGAGGGCAUCAUGAAAGACCCGCCCACUGCAUUGACAGCCAAUGAGAAGACAGCUUUAGACCUGCUGGAACAGAAACAGUCGUUGCCCUCUCCCUCACCCCUCCUCUCUCUCUCUCUCUCUCUCUCUCCACAUUCAGACUCCAUUACUUCCACUCAGAUCACUGAGGGUUUCUCCAGCCGAGCUCACCAUCCAUCCGGGGUCAUGUUGUGGUUUCAGCGCGUCUCUCUCGGCCUCCUGGCGCUCCACCUGGCCGCCGUGCACGCAGUCUUCUUGGACGGUAAGGCAGCCAAUCAGGUGUUAACCAGGCGGAGACGGGCCAACAGCUUCCUCGAGGAGAUCAAAAAAGGCAACAUGGAGAGGGAGUGUAUUGAGGAGCGCUGCAGCCGGGAGGAGGCGCGAGAGAUCUUUGAGGACAACGACAAAACUGAUGAAUUCUGGACCAAGUACUUAGACGGUGAUGCAUGCUUGUCACAGCCCUGUGCGUACCAAGGAGUUUGCAAAGAUGGAAUCGGCAGAUACACCUGCUUCUGCCAGUCCGGGUACCAGGGCCACGACUGUGAAAUCGUUAUUCCUGAGCUCUGCGAGAACAAAAAUGGAGGCUGUGAACAUUUCUGCAACGUCAUCAGUGGAAACAUUCAGUGCUCGUGCACCGACGGAUAUUACCUGGCGUCAGACGACAAAUCCUGCCACUCUAGCGAAACCUUCAAAUGUGGCGCACUCCACACCUCAGACAUCCGGGCCGUGUUCAGGUACCAGCGGGAGAACGUGACGGCAGAGAACGCUAACGGGGUGAAUCUGACGGACCUCAACACCAACUUCACCAACCUGACAAAUGAGUCCUUAUCAAGCUUUCUGAACAUCACCGUCACCCAGACUUUACCAAGUGAGCCAGUUUAUGAAGAAUAUAUCAACUCUGACAUGGCCGGUAUGACACGCAUCGUCAACGGGGAGGACUGUCCGCCAGGAGAAUGUCCGUGGCAGGCUCUUCUCCUGAAUGAGGAUGAACAAGGCUUUUGUGGAGGAACAAUCCUGAAUGAAUAUAUCAUCCUGACCGCCGCCCACUGCAUGAACCAAUCACGCUACAUCUACAUCAGACUCGGUGAGUUUGACGUGUUCGUGAAGAGCGUUAACGAAGCCACCCACAUGGUGGAAACCAUCAUCACCCACAACAGAUACAUACCAGAAACCUACCACAACGACAUCGCACUCAUCAAACUGGCCACGCCCAUUAAGUUCACCAGGUUCAUCCUGCCGGCCUGCUUACCUGAGUCAGACUUUGCAGAAAAGGUCCUGAUGAAGGAGCCGGACGGGGUGGUUAGUGGUUUCGGCCGGGUUGGCGAGGGUCGGCAGCCGUCCCCCAUCUUGCAGCGCCUCACCGUCCCGUACGUGGAACGCCACAUCUGCAUGGAAUCCACACAGCUGCGCAUCUCUCCUCGCAUGUUCUGUGCCGGCUACAACCGAGAGGCCAAGGACGCCUGCCAAGGAGACAGCGGCGGCCCACAUGUCACUCGCUACCGCAAUACAUACUUUGUCACCGGCAUCGUGAGCUGGGGCGAAGGCUGCGCACGCAAAGGCAAAUACGGAGUCUACACCCAGGUGUCGAAAUAUAUUCGCUGGAUCCGCGAAGGCAUCAACAAGCUAGUGCCCAAAAAGGCAGACAGCAGCCGGCUGAAGAGGCACACAGGCCCCAUCAAGAGGCUGACUCUGUAAACAAACAUGGCCGCUCACUGAGCUCACGUCCUCUGAGCCUCUCAUGAAAUCACAGAUUAAAUGUUUGAAGCUUCUUCUAAAUAAACUGUAUAAUUUGAAAACAUUUGGACUAAAACAAGCUGUAAUAACAUCAAUCAUAUUUGCUUUUAGGAGAACUUAUAGAUGUGGUUAGUGCUGAGGUUCCUCAGGGUUCUGUUAUCGGUCUUUUAUAUUUUCUGUUUGCUUAAAGCGAUGUACAAACAAAAUAUACAAAACAACAACAUGAGCAACAUAAAGCAGCUUUUUUCAGCAUUUUGUUGUUCUUCUUCUAAACUCUUGUGGAUGAGGAGGAACUGAACUUAAUUUACAUUUAAAACUUGUGAAUAAAAUCUGUUUUCUGUUUUCGUGUAUUUCUAUCAGUCAACGUCAGAAUUUAACUUUUUGUUAACGUAAUUGAAAGCAAAUAAAGAAA